AUGGCGCUGGGGCAGAAUCAUACCACAGUGACAAGAUUCAUCCUGCUGGGCCUCACAGACCAGGCCGACCAAAAACAGCUCCUCUUUGCCAUCUUCCUGCUGAUCUACCUGGUGACUCUGGUGGGCAACCUGGGCAUGAUGGACCUGAUCCGGGCCAGCUCCGCCCUCCACACCCCCAUGUACUUCCUCCUGAGUGUGCUGUCCUUCCUUGACAUCUGCAAUUCCUCCGUGUUCACCCCCAGGCUGCUGAUCAGCCUCAUCACUGUGGACCAGUCCAUCUCCUUUGCAGGCUGUGUGGUCCAGAUGGCCCUCAUGAUCCUCCACGGCACAGGGGAGUGUCUUCUCCUGGCCAUCAUGGCCUAUGACCGAUUUGUGGCCAUCUGCCACCCUCUCCUCUACCACACCAUCAUGUCCAAGCGCUUGUGCGUCCAGCUGGGGGUGUUCACCUAUGCUGUGGGGGUGUUCAUUUCAGCUCUGCAGACAGGGAAUGCCUUCAUCCUGCCUUACUGUGGCCCCAACAUCAUUGAUCACUACUUCUGUGACAUCCCCCCUGUGCUCCAACUGGCCUGCUCAGACACCACGGUAGCCAACGUUGUCCUGCUCUUUAUUUCUGCCUUGGUCACCGUUCCCACAGUCUCAGUCAUCUUGGUCUCUUAUGCCUAUAUCCUGGUCACAAUCUGUAGGAUGAGGUCCCGGGAAGCCCAGCGCAAGGCGUUCUCCACCUGUGCCUCCCACCUCACAGCCCUCUUUCUCUUCUACGGAUCUGUCUUCCUUGUAUAUGUCCAACCCAACCCUGAGAGUGCUUCAGCCUAUAACAAGAUCCUCUCUGUGUUCUACACCAUUGUGAUCCCCAUGCUGAACCCCCUGGUCUAUAGCCUGAGGAAUAAAGAUGUCAAGGCUGCUGUACAAGUUAGAGUUCUUAACCUAAGCAGAAAAGGAAUUUGUUAG